ACACCAGUCCAAACCUUUUUCAUAAUUGUUUGCCCCUCAAUUUCUAGGGUUUUUGACUAGCGCUAAACGCCUAAACCCUGACCGGAAUCCUCUCUAGGAACUAGCCAUGAGCAGAUCGGGACAGCCGCCGGAUCUCAAGAAGUACAUGGACAAGAAGCUACAGAUAAAGCUUAACGCCAACCGCAUGGUGGUCGGAACUCUGCGUGGUUUCGAUCAGUUCAUGAACCUGGUGGUGGACAAUACUGUCGAGGUGAAUGGAAAUGAGAAAACUGACAUCGGCAUGGUGGUAAUUAGAGGUAACAGCGUGGUUACUGUCGAAGCUCUUGAGCCGGUUAGUAGAGCACAAUAAACUUGUAUAUUGCUUGUGUAUGCAUCCAAUCUGAUCUGUAGUGGCAGCUCAUAUGGAAUGCUGUGACUGUAGUGAUUUCAAACUCUAAUUCCUUACUUGCCAGAUUAUUUGUAUUCAACGGUGUAUUUUGAUUUGUUGCAAGUUUGUGCCUUUAUUUUCA